GAAAGAGCAGGCGGGGCGGCCGGAAGAUGGCGGCGCGGGUGGUUGCCGGGCGGGGAACGCGGGCUCUGUGAGGGGAUGGCGGCGGCGAGGCGGGCGGCGCGCCGCGGCUGAGGCACUUUCCGCGCGUUCCUGUCGGUCGGUCCCAUGAGCGGGGCGGGCGGGCUGGCGUGGCGCGCGCUGCACGCGCUGGUGCGCGCCCUGCUCUGCCUGCAGCGCGCGCUGCUCGCGUGCCUCCGCGGCCGCGCAGCCGCCGCCGCCGCCGCCUCCUGCGCGCUCCUCGCGCCUGCCGCCCGCGCGCUCGGCCUCCGCGAGGUGCGCGCGGCCUGGCGGCGGCAGCGGCGGCACGCGCCCGGGCGCGCGGCGGCGGCGCGCGGGCGGCAGCGGUGGCGCGCGGACGGGCGCGCCCUGGGGAAGCUGCCGGUGCACGUGGGGCUGGUGGUGACCGAGGAGGAGCCGAGCUACGCCGACAUGGCCAGCCUGGUGGUGUGGUGCAUGGCCGUCGGCAUCUCCUACGUCAGCGUCUACGACCACAACGGUAUUUUCAAGAGGAAUAAUUCAAGAUUGAUGGAUGAAAUUUUAAAACAGCAGCAAGAACUCAUAGGACUAGAUUGUUCCAAGUACACAGUGGAAUUUGCAAAUCAAGACAAAACUGGUCAAGUUUUAAAAUGCCAAUCUACAUUGAAGGUGCUGUCUCCAGAAGAUGGAAAAGCAGAUAUAGUAAAAGCUGCUCAGAACUUCUGUCAGUUGGUAGCACAGCAGCAAAGAACACACACAGACCUGGAUGUGAAUGUGUUAGACAACUUAUUAAGUAGUACAAAUGGAUUUCCUGAUCCUGAUUUAGUCUUGAAGUUUGGUCCUGUGGACAGCACAUUAGGAUUCCUUCCAUGGCACAUCAGACUGACAGAGAUCAUUUCUUUGCCUUCCCACCUAAACAUCAGCUAUGAAGAAUUUUUCUCUGCCCUCCAUCACUAUGCAGCCUGUGAGCAACGCUGGGGAAAGUGACUUCUGGCUGAGCACGUGGAGUCAGGCUUUCUAUGGGAAGGAAUCGAUGUCUGUUUACAAGCACCUGUGACCCAUAAGUUUGGUUCAUAGUCCUUUCUUAAUUUAUCAAAAAAUUCAAUAAAGUGUCUUACCUUUCUAGACA